AUGGGUAUCGCUCAAGGAAUGGUGUAUCUUCAAGAGAAAAACAUUUACGGGGUUACUUUAUCCGCACGAGAUAUCUGGCUGUCGUGGGAUUAUGUUGCGAAAAUUUCUUUGUCGACCUUGACCGGAUUUUGCAAUCAGGAAUCAGUUGAGAAUGGCGUGGACGAGGAUCCCGAAAGAGUCAGGUGGACAGCUCCUGAAGAGCUUUUAAACCCUUCGGGUCAUGUCCUUGACCCGCAUCAUGGAAUAGACGUUUGGUCUUUUGGAGUCUUAAUUUGGGAAAUUUUUUCAUGUGCCCAAACUCCAUACUUUCAGUGGCGUGAUGAUGACAAUUUGGAAGAGAAUUUGGCAUAUUUCUUACAUAGUGGGGGUCGCUUAGAUGUUCCCAGCGAUUUUACACCGGAAGCAAUGUAUGCAUUCAAAAUACACUAA